AUGGCGGACUCCAGGAGCGGCGUGCGGGCGUCCUUGCUGCAGUUGCAGGACUACUUGUCCGCCGCGGACCACGGCACCGCGGCCGUGGCCAGCUAUCAGCUGGUCCGCGGCCUGGGACAGGAGUGCGUGCUGAGUACCAGCCCCGCGGUGCAGGCAUUACAGACUUCCUUAAUUUUUUCCAAAGAUUUUGGUUUGCUUGUAUUUGUUCGAAAAUCACUUAACAUUGAUGAAUUUCGUGAUUGUAGAGAAGAAGCCCUAAAGUUUUUAUGUGUUUUCUUAGAGAAAAUUGGCGAAAAGGUCAUGCCUUAUUCUCUUGAUAUUAAGAAUAUUUGUACCAGUGUUUAUACAAAAGACAGAGCCGCUAAAUGUAAAGUUCCAGCCCUAGAUCUUCUUAUUAAGUUAUUUCAGAUGCUGAGAAGUUCGAGACUCAUGGAUGACUUUAAGGUUGGAGAAUUAUUUAAUAAAUUCUAUAGAGAACUUGCAAUGAAAUCAAAAAUACCAGAUACAGUUUUAGAAAAAAUAUAUGAGUUCCUUGGAGUAUUAGGUGAAGUACAUCCUAGUGAGAUGAUAACUUAUUCAGAAAACUUGUUCCGGGCUUUUCUGGGUGAACUUAAGACUCAGAUGACAUCUACAGUACGAGAACCCAAACUUCCUGUUGUGGCUGGAUGUCUGAAGGGAUUGUCAUCACUUUUGUGCAACUUUACUAAGUCCAUAGAAGAAGAUCCUCAGACUUCAAAAGAGAUUUUUGAUUUUGCCCUAAAAGCAAUUCGUCCUCAGGUUGAUCUGAAGAGAUAUGCGGUGCCCUUAGCUGGCCUACGUUUAUUUACGUUGCAUGCCUCUCAGUUUAGCACCUGCCUUCUGGACAACUAUGUUACUUUAUUUGAAGUACUGUCAAAGUGGUGCAGCCAUCUAAAUGUAGAACUGAAAAAAGCUGCACAUUCAGCCCUGGAAUCCUUUCUGAAACAGGUUUCUUCUAUGGUGGCAAAAGAUGCAGAGGUGCAUAAGAGUAUGCUGCAGUACUUUAUGGAUCAGUUCUAUGGAAUCAUUAGAAACAUGGAUUCAAACAACAAAGAGUUAUCCAUUGCUAUUCGUGGAUAUGGACUAUUUGCGGGACCUUGCAAGGUUAUAAAUGCAAAAGAUGUUGACUUCAUGUAUGUGGAGCUCAUUCAGCGCUGCAAGCAGAUGUUUCUCACCCAGACAGAAACUACUGAUGACCACGUUUAUCAGAUGCCUACUUUCCUCCAGUCUAUUGCAAGCGUCUUGCUCUACCUUGACACAGUUCCUGAGGUAUAUACUCCAGUUCUGGAACACCUGAUGGUGGCACAGAUAGAUAAUUUUCCACAAUAUAGUCCAAAAAUGCAGUCGUUAUGCUGUAAAGCCAUAGUGAAAGUUUUUCUAGCCUUAGCAGAAAAAGGACCAGUUCUCUGGAAUUGCAUUAGUACUGUGGUGCAUCAGGGUUUAAUCAGAAUAUGUUCUAAACCAGUGCUCUUUCAAAAGGGUACUGAGUCUGAAUCUGAAGACCUUCGUGCCUCGGGUGAGGUUAGAACUGGCAAAUGGAAGGUGCCAACGUACAAGGACUAUGUGGAUCUUUUUAGACAUCUCUUGAGCUGUGACCAGAUGAUGGAUUUCAUUUUAGUAGAUGAAACAUUUCUCUUUGUGAAUUCAUCUCUUCAAAGUCUGAACCGUUUACUCUAUGAUGAAUUUGUAAAAUCAGUUUUGAAGAUUGUGGAGAAAUUGGAUCUUACAUUAGAAAAACAGACUGUUGGUGAACAAGAGGAUGGAACUGAAGCUGCUGGUAUUUGGGUGAUCCCUACCUCAGAUCCAGCUGCUAACUUGCAUCCCGCUAAACCUAAAGAUUUUUUAGCUUUCAUUAACCUGGUGGAGUUUUCCAGAGAGAUCCUCCCUGAGAAGCAAGUAAGAUAUUUUGAACCAUGGGUGUAUUCUUUUUCAUAUGAGUUAAUUUCACAGUCUACACGGUUACCACUUAUCAGUGGUUUCUACAAGUUACUUUCUGUUGCAGUGAGAAAUGCCAAAAAAAUAAAAUACUUUGAGGGAGUAAGCCCAAAGAAUCUGAGACAGUCUUUUGAGGACCCAGAAAAAUAUUCUUGUUUUGCUUUAUUUGCAAAAUUUGGUAAAGAGGUAUCAGUUAAAAUGAAGCAAUACAAAGAUGAACUUUUGGCCUCCUGUUUGACAUUUGUUCUGUCCCUGCCACCCAACAUCAUUGAACUUGAUUUUAGAGCCUAUGUUCCUGCAUUGAAGAUGGCUUUCAAGCUGGGCCUGAGCUAUACACCACUGGCCGAAGUAGGAUUGAGUGCUCUUGAAGAAUGGUCAGUACACAUCCGAAAGCAUGUAAUUCAGCCUUACUACAAAGACAUUCUCCCCUCUCUUGAUGGAUACCUGAAAACUGCUAGCUUAUCAGAUGAGACCAAGAAUAAAUGGGAAGUGUCAGCACUUUCUAAUGCUGCCCAGAAAGGAUUUAAUAAAGUUGUGUUAAAGCAUUUGAAAAGGACAAAGAACAUUUCAUCAAAAGAAGCACUGUCCUUAGAAGAAAUAAGAAUUAGAGUAGUACACAUGCUUGGAUUUCUAGGAGGACAAAUAAACAAACAUCUUGUGACAGCUGUAUCCGCAGAUGAAAUGAUGAAGAAGUGUGUGGCCUGGGACAGAGAGAAGAGACUCAGCUUUGCAAUACCAUUCAGAGAGAUGAAGCCUGUCAUUUAUUUGGAUGUAUUCUUGCCUCGAGUCACUGAAUUGGCUCUUUCAGCUAGUGAUAGACAAACUAAAGUGGCAGCUUGUGAAUUGUUACACAGCAUGGUCAUGUUUAUGUUGGGAAAAGCCACUCAGAUGCCUGAAAGUGGCCAGGAUUUCCCACCCAUGUACUGGCUGUACAAGCAUACUUUUCCUGUGCUGCUCCGCCUUGCAUGUGAUGUGGAUCAGGUAACAAGACAACUCUAUGAGCCACUUGUUAUGCAGCUGAUUCACUGGUUCACUAACAAUAAGAAAUUUGAAAGUCAGGAUACUGUUGCCUUACUAGAAUCCAUAUUGGAUGGUAUUGUGGACCCCAUUGAUAGCACUUUAAGAGAUUUUUGUGGUCGGUGUAUUCGAGAGUUCCUCAAGUGGUCUAUUAAGCAAACAACACCACAGCAACAAGAGAAGAGUCCAGUAAAUACCAAAUCGCUUUUCAAGCGGCUGUACAGCUUUGCACUUCAUCCUAAUGCUUUCAAAAGGUUGGGGGCAGCUCUUGCUUUUAAUAACAUCUACAGGGAAUUCAGGGAAGAAGAGUCUCUGGUAGAACAGUUUGUGUUUGAAGCGUUGGUGAUAUAUAUGGAAAGUUUGGCUCUGGCACAUGCAGAUGAGAAAUCCUUAGGUACAAUUCAGCAAUGCUGUGAUGCCAUUGAUCACCUAAGGCGCAUCAUUGAAAAGAAGCACAUUUCUUUAAACAAAGCAAAAAAACGACGUUUGCCUCAAGGGUUUCCACCAUCAGCAUCAUUGUGCUUGUUGGAUCUUGUCCAGUGGCUUUUAGCUCACUGUGGAAGACCCCAGACAGAAUAUCGACACAAGUCCAUAGAACUCUUUUACAAAUUCGUUCCUUUACUACCAGGCAACAAAUCCCCUUCUUCAUGGUUAAAGGAUAUUAUCAAAAAAGAAGGUACUUCUUUUCUUAUAAGCACAUUUGAGGGAGGAGGUGGCAGAAGUGACCAGAUGUCCGGUAUUCUUGCUCAGCCAACCCUCUUCCACUUGCGGGGCCCAUUUAGCCUGCGAACAGUCCUGCAGUGGCUGGAUCUGCUUCUGGCCGCAUUGGAGUGCUACAACACAUUUAUUGAGGAGAAGACUGUGGAAGCUCAUGAGGUUCUAGGAGGUACUGAAUCACAGUCUUCACUCUUCAAGUCAGUGGCCUUCUUUUUAGAAAGCAUUGCUGCUCAUGAUAUCACAGCUGCUGAACAGUGCUUUGACACAGGGGCAGCAGGCAACCAUCCCAGCCCACACGAGGAGGAGAAAUACAAGUAUAGCAAGUGUACUGUUAUCGUCCGAAUUAUGGAAUUUACUACAACACUGCUCAGUACUUCCCCUGAAGGAUGGAAGCUCCUGGAGAAAGAUUUGUGUAAUGCAAACCUUAUGAAACUCUUAGUGAAAAUGCUGUGUGAGCCCUCAAGCAUAGGUUUCAAUAUUGGUGAUGUCCAGGUUAUGGAUAGUCUUCCCAGGAUAUGUGUGAACCUCAUGAAAGCACUGAAGAAGUCCCCAUACAGAGACAUUUUUGAGACUCACCUGAAAGAAAAAAUGACAGCACAGAGUAUUGAGGAGCUCUGUUCCAUUGACUUAUGUGGUCCUGAUGCACACCUGGAGAGGACCAGGCUUAUGUCCAUAGUGUCAGCCUAUAAACAACUUCACAAAGCUGGCUUCUUGCUUCUUAUUUUACCAUCUCAGUCUACAGAUGUUUGUCAUAAUGUUGGUGCAAGACUUCUUUCCCUGGUUUAUAAAGGCAUUGCAUCUGGCGAGGAAAGACGGUGCCUCCCAUCACUGGACCCCAGCUGUGUACGUCUCGCCACUGGACUUCUGGAGCUGGCCUUCUGUUUUGGAGGACUGUGUGAGCACCUUGUAAGUCUUCUCUUGAGUCCAGCAACAUUGUCCACACUAUCCUUGAGCAGCUCACAGAGAAGCAUCACCAGCUUCUUCCAUGGAGAGUAUUUCUAUAGCUUAUUCUCAGAAACUAUCAAUGCUGAACUGUUGAAGAAUCUUGAUAUUGCUGUGUCAGAGCUCAUGAAAUCAUCAGUGCAUAAUCCCAAAAUGGUGAGUGCUGUUUUAAAUGGCGUGUUAGAUCAGUGCUUCAGGGAUCGAGCUAUUCAGAAACACCAGGGACUGAAGCUUGCAACUACAAUUCUGCAAAACUGGAGAACGUUUGAUUCAUGGUGGACGGGGGAUUCUGCUCCAGAAAGCAAAAUGGCAGUGCUGACGUUACUGGCAAAAAUUUUACAGAUCGAUUCAUCUGUGUCUUUUAAUACAAAUCACAGCUCAUUUCCUGAAGUCUUUACAACAUACACUAGUAUACUUUCUGAUUCAAACUUGGAUCUACACUUAAAGGGUCAAGCUGUAAUUCUUCUUCCAUUCUUCACCAACAUGACUGGCAGCAGUCUGGAAGACCUAAAGCAUGUUAUCGAGAAGCUUAUUGUUUCCAAUUUCCCUAUGAAAUCUGAUGAAUUUCCUCCAGGAACUCUGAAGUACAACAGUUAUGUGGACUGCAUAAAAAUGUUUUUAGAUGCAUUGGAAUUAUCUCAAAGUCCGGUUUUGUUACAAUUGAUGACAGAAAUUCUUUGUCGGGAACAGAAACAUGUUAUGGAAGAAUUAUUUCAAACCACUUUCAAAAAGAUGGCCAGGAGGAGUUCUGGUGUUACACAAUUAGGUCUUCUGGAAAGCGUGUAUAGAAUGUUCCGGAAGGAUGACUUGCUUUCAAACAUCACUCGCCAAGCAUUUGUAGAUCGUUCUCUCCUUACCCUGUUGUGGCACUGCAAUCUGGAUGUUCUAAGAGAAUUCUUUAGCAAAAUUGUGGUGGAUGCCAUUGAUGUGCUGAAGUCCAGGUUCACAAAGCUAAGUGAAUCUACGUUUGACACUCAAAUCACCAAGAAGAUGGGCUAUUAUAAGAUAAUAGAUGUGAUGUAUUCUCGUCUUCCAAAAGAUGAUGUUCACUCUAAGGAUUCUAUAAUUAAUCAAGUUUUCCAUGGCUCCUGUAUUACAGAAGGAAAUGAGCUUACAAAGACACUUAUUAAGUUAUGCUAUGAUACAUUUACGGAGAAUAUGGCAGGAGAGAGCCAGUUGCUGGAGAGGAGACGACUUUACCAUUGUGCUGCAUACAACUGUGCCAUUUCUGUUAUCUGCUGUGUCUUCAAUGAAUUGAAAUUUUACCAAGGUUUUCUGUUUAGUGAAAAACCAGAAAAGAACUUGCUUAUUUUUGAAAAUCUGAUAGACUUGAAGCGCUGUUACACAUUUCCUAUAGAAGUUGAGGUUCCCAUGGAAAGAAAGAAAAAGUAUUUUGAAAUUAGGAAAGAAGCCAGGGAGGCGGCAAAUGGAGGUUCAGAUGGUCCUCAUUAUAUUUCUUCCUUGUCAUAUAUGGAAGACAGUAGCCUGAGUGAGGAAAUGAGUCAAUUUGAUUUCUCAACUGGAGUUCAGAGCUAUUCCUACAGCUCCCAAGACCCUAAAUCUACUAUUGGUCAUUUUCGGACACGAGAACGACAAGACCCUAAGAUCCAAGAUGAUGUUUUGGAGUUAGAAAUGGAUGAGCUCAAUCAGCAUGAAUGUAUGGCAAACAUGACAGCACUGAUUAAGCACAUGCAGAGAAACCUGACACCCAGAAGAGAAGAGGGUUCAGUGUCAAAAGAUUUUCCUCCUUGGAUGAAAUUUAUUCAUGAUAAACUAGGAAAUUCAACAGUACCGUUAAAUAUCCGUCUCUUCUUAGCCAAGCUUGUUAUUAAUGCAGAAGAGGUCUUUCGCCCUUACGCAAAGCACUGGCUUAGCCCCUUGCUACAGCUGGUUGUUUCUGAAAACAAUGGAGGAGAAGGAAUUCACUACAUGGUGGUUGAAAUAGUAGCUACUAUUCUCUCAUGGACAGGCUUGGCUACUCCUACAGGGGUCCCUAAAAAUGAAGUAUUAGCAAAUCGUUUGCUUCAUUUCCUAAUGAAACAUGUCUUUUAUCCAAAAAGAGCUGUGUUUAGACAUAACCUUGAAAUUAUAAAAACUGUUGUUGAAUGCUGGAAAGAGUGUCUCUCAAUUCCUUACAGGCUAAUAUUUGAAAAGUUUUCCAGCCAGAACACUAAUUCUAAAGACAAUUCCAUAGGGAUUCAGUUAUUAGGCAUUGUAAUAGCCAAUAAUUUGCCUCCCUAUGAUCCAAAGUGUGGCAUAGAGAGUAUUGAAUACUUUCAAGCUUUGGUUAAUAAUAUGUCUUUUGUAAAAUAUAAAGAGGUAUAUGCAGCAGCAGCAGAAGUCCUAGGACUUGUUCUUCAAUAUAUGUUUGAAAGAAAAAAUGUACUAGCAGAGUCGAUACAUGAACUGGUUGUAAAACAAUUGAAACAACAUCAAAAUACUAUGGAAGACAAAUUUAUUGUGUGCUUGAACAAAGUAGUAAAGGGCUUCCCUCGCCUUGCUGACAGGUUCUUGAAUGCUGUGUUCUUUCUCUUGCCAAAAUUUCAUGGAAUAAUGAAGACACUUUGUCUAGAGGUAAUACGUUGUCGUGCAGAGGAAAUAACAGACCUGUACUUCCAGCUGAAGAGCAAGGACUUUUUUCAAGUCAUGAGACAUAGAGAUGAUGAAAGACAAAAAGUGUGUUUGGACAUAAUUUAUAAGAUAAUGGCAAAAUUAAAACCAGUAGAACUCCGAGAACUUCUGAACCCUGUCAUGGAAUUUGUCUCCCAUCCUUCUCCAAUGUGUAGGGAACAAAUGUAUAACAUUGUCAUGUGGAUUUAUGAUAAUUACAGAGAUCCAGAAAGUCAAAUGGAUGGUGACUCCCAGGAAAUACUUAAAUUGGCCAAAGAUGUGUUGAUUCAAGGAUUGAUUGAUGAGAACCUUGGGCUUCAAUUAAUUAUUCGGAAUUUCUGGAGCCAUGAAACCAGAUUACCAUCAAAUACCUUGGACCGAUUAUUGGCACUAAAUUCUUUAUAUUCUCCUAAGAUUGAAGUUCACUUUUUAAGUUUAGCAACAAAUUUUCUUCUUGAAAUGACCAGGAUGAGCCCUGAUUAUCUGAACCCCAUAUUUGAGCAUCCUCUGUCAGAGUGCGAAUUUCAGGAGUGUACCAUUGAUCCUGACUGGCGCUUCCGAAGUACUGUUCUCACUCCGAUGUUUAUUGAGACCCAGGCUUCUCUGAGUACCCCCCAGACCCAAACCCAGGAAGGCUUCCUCCAAACUCGAGGGCCAAAGACUGGACAAGUACGAGCCACCCAACAGCAAUAUGAUUUUACUCCUACACAAACUACAGAUGGAAGAAGUUCAUUUAAUUGGCUUACUGGAAGCAGCAUUGACCCACUGGCAGAUUACACAGUGUCCUUGUCGUCUGAUUCCUCGUCUUCCUCCUUGCUGUUUACCCACAAGAGGAGUGAAAAGUCACAGAGAGUAUCUUGGAAGCCAGUAGGACCUGAUUUUGGGGAAAAAAAGCUGAACCUUCCUGGAGAUGAGGUGGAUAACAAAGCAAAUGGCGGUACAGACAGCCGGGCAGAAAUACUGAGAUUACGCAGACGAUUUUUAAAGGACCGAGAAAAACUUAGUAUGAUUUAUGCCAGGAAAGGCCUUGACGAACAAAAACGAGAGAAGGAGAUGAAGAGUGAGUUAAAAAUUAAGCAGGACGCCCAUGUCAUCCUGUACAGAAGCUACCGUCAUGGAGACCUUCCUGACAUCCAGAUCCAGCACAGCAGCCUGAUUACCCCCUUGCAGGCUGUGGCCCAGAAAGAUCCAAUUAUUGCCAAACAGCUUUUUAGUGGCUUAUUUUCUGGGAUUGUAAAAGAGAUGGAUAAACUAAAGACAGAGUCUGAAAAAACCAUGAUUACUCAGAAAUUGCUGCAAGACUUCAAUCAUUUUCUUAAUACCACAUUCUUUUUCUUUCCACCGUUUGUAUCUUGCAUCCAGGAAAUCAGUUGUCAACAUGCAGACUUGCUAAGUCUUGAUCCAGCUGCCAUUCGUGCCAGCUGCCUGGCUAGUCUGCAGCAGCCUGGGGGUAUCUGCCUUCUUGAGCAAGCACUGCUCCAGCUAAUGCCUACAGAGCGCCCCACCAAACGCAUCCGGGGCAAGUCCCAGCUUCCUCCGGAUGUUCUCCGGUGGAUGGAACUUGCGAGGCUGUAUAGAUCGAUUGGAGAGUAUGACGUACUCCGUGGGAUUUUUAGCACUGAGAUAGGAACUAAAAAGGACAGUCAGAAUGCGUUAUUAGCAGAAGCCAGAAGUGAUUAUUCUGGAGCUGCUAAACAGUACAAUGAGGCUCUCAAUAAACAAGAGUGGGAAGAUGGUGAGCCCACAGAGGCUGAGAAGGACUUUUGGGAAAUGGCAGCCCUUGACUGCUACAAUCACCUCUCAGAGUGGAAAUCACUUGAGUACUGCUCUACAGCCAGUGUAGACAGUGAGAGCCCUCCCGACCUAAGUAAAAUCUGGAGUGAAGCAUUUUAUCAGGAGACCUAUCUACCGUACAUGAUUCGCAGCAAGCUGAAACUCCUGCUUCAAGGAGAGGGAGACCAGUCCUUGCUGACGUUUAUGGAUCAGGCCAUGCGCAAGGAGCUGCAGCAGGUUCUCCUAGAGGUUCAGUACAGUCAGGAGUUGAGUCUUCUCUACAUAUUGCAAGAUGAUGUUGACAGGGCCAAAUAUUAUAUUGAAAAUGGCAUUCAGAUUUUUAUGCAGAAUUAUUCUAGUAUUGAUGUUCUCUUACAUAGAAGUAGACUUGCAAAAUUACAGUCUAUACAAACAUUAACAGAAAUUCAGGAGUUCAUCAGCUUUAUCAGAAAAGAAGGUAAUUUAUCAUCUCAAGUUGCCCUUAAGAGACUUCUAAAAACUUGGACAAACAGGUACCCGGAUGUUAAAAUGGACCCCAUGAACAUCUGGGAUGAUAUUAUCACAAAUAGGUGUUUCUUUCUCAGCAAACUAGAGGAGAAGCUGGCCAUUCCAGAUCAUCACAGUAUGGAUGAAGAUACUGAUCCCAGUGACAAGGCAGAGGCGUACAAGCCAGAGGAAGAUGCUCAUUCCUUGAUACAGAGCUGCAAGUUCUCCAUGAAAAUGAAGAUGGUAGAAAGUGCACAAAAACAGAGCAAUUUUGCACUUGCCAUGAAACUGCUGAGGGAGCUACAUAAGGAAUCCAAAACAAGAGACGACUGGCUGGUGAAGUGGGUGCAGAGCUACUGCCAGCUGAGCCACUGCCGGAGCCGCACCCAGAGUGCCCCCACGCAGGUCCUCACCGUCCUGAAAACCGUUUCACUGCUGGAAGAGAACAACACAUCAAGCUACUUAAGCAAAAAUGUUCUGGCUUCCUGUGAUCAGAACAUUCUCUUGGGUACCACUUACAGGAUCAUGGCUGAUGCUCUCAGCAAGGAGCCAGCCUGUCUUGCUGGCAUGGAGGAGAGCAAGGCUAGACGGAUCUUGGAGCUUUCUGGAUCCAGUACAGCAAGUACAGAGCGGGUGAUCACUGGUCUGAACCAGAAAGCAUUCUAUCACCUCACCAAGGCUGUGCAGUCAGUGGAGGAGGAGGCCCAGCUGUCCUCCUGGGGCCAUGGACCUGUGACUGGGAUGACCAGCGCUUAUAUGAUGCUGGCUGAUUUCUGUGACCAGCAGCUCCGCAAAGUGGAAGAAAAUGCAUCCAGUGACUGUCAAAAGAAAAAAUCAAUUACAGAUUCUGUAGAACUGGAGACUUAUCCAGCACUUGUGGUGGAGAAAAUGUUGAGAGCUUUAAAAUUAAAUUCCACUGAAGCCAGACUCAAGUUUCCUAGAUUACUUCAGAUCAUAGAACUGUAUCCAGAGGAGACCUUGAGCCUAAUGACAAAAGAGAUGUCUUGCAUUCCUUGCUGGCAGUUCAUUGGCUGGAUCAGCCACAUGGUGGCGCUACUGGACAAAGAGGAAGCUGUGGCAGUGCAGCCCACUGUGGAAGAGAUUGCCAAUCACUACCCACAAGCAAUCGUCUAUCCUUUCAUAAUAAGCAGUGAAAACUAUUCCUUUAAAGAUACUUCUGCCAGUCAUAAGAAUAAGGAGUUUGUGGCAAGGAUCAAAAGUAAGUUAGAUCAAGGAGGAGUGAUUCAAGAUUUCAUUAAUGCCUUAGAACAGCUCUCCAAUCCUGAUCUUCUCUUUAAGGACUGGGUUGCUGAUACAAAAGAUGAAUUAGGAAAAAUUCCUGUAAAUCAAAAAAACAUUGAAAAACUUUAUGAAAGAAUGUAUGCAACUUUGGGCAACCUGAAGUCCCCAGGCCUAGGCCCCUGUAGAAGGAGAUUCAUUCAGGCCUUUGGGAAAGAAUUUGAUAAACACUUUGGGAACAAAGGUUCUAAGCUCUCUAGAAUGAAGCUCUGUGACUUCAGUGUCAUUACUGACUCACUGCUUACAAAAAUGAGGAAAGACUCAAAGCCACCUGGAAAUCUGAAAGAAUAUUCACCAUGGAUGAGUGAGUUCAAAGUGGAGUUUCUGAGAAACGAGCUGGAGAUUCCUGGUCAAUAUGAUGGCAAGGGAAAGCCACUGCCUGAAUACCAUGUACGGAUCUCUGGGUUUGAUGAACGGGUAAAAGUAAUGGCUUCCUUGAGAAAACCGAAGCGCAUCAUCAUCCGAGGCCAUGAUGAAAAGGAGUACCCUUUCCUUGUGAAGGGAGGGGAGGACCUCCGGCAGGACCAGCGCAUCGAGCAGCUCUUCCAGGUCAUGAAUGUCAUCCUCUCCCAGGAUGCUGCUUGCAGUCAAAGAAACAUGCAGUUAAAGACGUACCAUGUUGUACCCAUGACUUCCAGAUUAGGAGUAAUUGAAUGGAUUGAAAAUACUCUGACCUUGAAGGAACUUCUUCUGAAUAACAUGUCCCAAGAGGAAAAAGCCGCUUACAUGAGUGAUCCCAAAGCACCAGUUUUUGAGUAUAAAGAUUGGCUGACAAAGAUGUCAGGGAAACGUGAUGUUGGAGCUUAUAUACAAAUGUAUAGGGGAGCUAAUCGAACAGAAACAGUCAUGGCCUUUAGAAAAAGGGAAAGUAAAGUGCCAGCUGAUCUGUUAAAGAGGGCCUUCGUGAAGAUGAGCACAGGCCCAGAGGCCUUCCUGGCGCUGCGCUCCCACUUCGCCAGCUCUCAUGCACUGCUGUGUGUCAGCCACUGGCUCCUGGGGAUUGGAGACAGACACCUGAAUAACUUCAUGGUGGCCAUGGAGACAGGUGGUGUGAUUGGAAUAGACUUUGGACAUGCAUUUGGAUCAGCUACACAGUUUCUCCCAGUUCCUGAGUUGAUGCCUUUCCGUCUUACACGCCAAUUUAUCUAUCUGAUGUCACCCAUGAAAGAAACAGGUCUUGUGUACAGUGUCAUGGUCCAUGCACUGAGGGCCUUCCGCUCAGACGCAGACCUGCUUAGUAACACCAUGGAUGUGUUUGUCAAGGAGCCCUCCUUUGACUGGAAAAAUUUUGAACAAAAAAUGUUGAAGAAAGGAGGAUCAUGGGUUGAAGAAAUAAAUAUAACUGAAAAGAACUGGUAUCCUCGACAGAAAAUAUGUUAUGCUAAGAGAAAGUUAGCAGGUGCCAAUCCAGCAGUUAUUACAUGUGAGGAGUUACUUCUGGGCCAUGAGAAGUCACCUGCCUUUGGGGGUUACACAGCUGUAGCUCGAGGAAGCAGAGAGCACAACAUCCGUGCUCGAGAGCCAGACAGUGGACUUUCAGAAGAGACUCAAGUGAAGUGUUUGAUGGACCAGGCCACAGACCCCAAUAUUCUUGGAAGAACUUGGGAGGGGUGGGAGCCCUGGAUGUGAGGUCUGUGGAAACGUGACAGCAAUAAAGCAAUAAGUUUGGGCUGGGAAGGUGGCUCAGUGGUAGAGCGCUUGCCUUGCAUGCAUGAGGCCCUGGGUUCAAUUCCUCAGCACCACAUAAGCAGACAAAAAAAUAAUAAAGCAAUAAGUUUAUUUUGAAUAUGUUAUUCAGAGGAUCUCUAAACUUUCAUUGAUAGCAAUUAGGGAGCUGAUUUUGCUGAAGCACUAAUCUUUUUAGUGAUAUAAUUCUGUAGCAUAGUUUCAGUCAAGAUCAUGACAAGUGAAGGAGUGUUGAUAAGAAUCAACAUUUUAUAACAAACAUAAUAGGAAAACAUAUGUCCAGGUUCAUCAAAGUCUUAAGUAUGUAGCCAGUGAAAUCAAUGUUCUCAAUGAACACUCCAUGGGCAUUCUCAUUGGGAUAUUGGAAAUAAUCCCUAGACUUCAUCACGAAGAUUUUGUGAAAAUGAAGUCAACAGCAAAAUUGAUAGAAUUUACACUGUGUCAAAUGAUCAUUCAAAUUAUAAAGGCAUUACACGUAUCAAUUGCAAGUGAGAAAACUGAAGCUUCAAAGUUUAGGUUGCAGACAAUCACUAAUAAUUGUUUCAAAAACCAAGGCCUUUAUGAACUAUAAGGUGUUUCUGUGCAGUAUACAGUAAAUUGGUUCAAAAUUUUAAAUAAGAGAAGGUUGUAAUGAGACAAGCUGAAUAUUAGAAAUUGUUUAGGACACUAACAAACUAUAAGCUUACUAAAAAAUGCUA